AUGUCUGUGAGAGAAAAUGAUGACAAAACUACACAAAUUUCGGAAACCACACCAGUUUCGACAACUGCACCAGCAUGUAAAAUCAUCGAAGAAAUCUUAACAUCCCAAGAGAUUGAUGAAAAAUUAACAAUUGUUGUUAAGUUUGUAGACAUUGAAGAACCUCAGCUAAUAUUAGCAGAACAAUUCAAUCUUCUGUAUCCACAAGAAAUAAUUGCAUUUUACGAAGCACGUCUUAAGUUCUGUAGAUUUCCGCCUAUGGAACAUUAA